AUGUCUAAUUUCACUAUAGAUGAUAUACUUGCCGGUAUUUCAGAUUCUUUAAAUAAACUUCAAGAACGUAAAGAGUUAGCUUCUCAACCAGUUGAAAAAACCAGCAAUUCAAGCUUUUCCUCAGAAUCAUCAGCUACAGAAUCUCCCUCAAAAUAUACCUCAGAAUACUACAAAAGUUUUGCAAAAGAAUAUAUUGAAUUUACUUAUAAAAAUCCAACAAUUUAUCAUGUUGUUGAACAUUUUAGUUCUCAAUUAACUGAUAAUGGUUUUACAUAUAUAUCAGAAAAAGAUAAUUGGACAAAUUUAAAACCUGGUAAAUAUUUUACAACAAGAAAUGGUUCAUCAUUAUCUGCUUUUUAUAUUGGUAAAGAUUGGACUCCUGAAAAGGGUGUAGGAGCUAUUGGUUCUCAUAUUGAUUCAUUAACAACUGUAUUAAAACCAAAUUCAACAAAGGAAAAAAUUGAUGGUUAUGAAUUAUUAGGAGUUGCACCAUAUGCUGGUACAUUAGGUACAUUAUGGUUAGAUAGAGAUUUAGGAAUUGGUGGUAGAUUAUUAAUAAAAGAUAAAGAUAAUAAAAUUAAUCAAAAAUUAAUUGAUUCUACACCAAAUCCAAUUGCUCAUAUACCAACAUUAGCUCCACAUUUUGGAGAAAUUGCUUUUCAACCAAUAAAUAAAGAAACAAAAUCAAUACCAGUUAUUGGAUUUUCUCAAGAACCAGAUCCAGAACCAACUGAAGCUGAAAAAAAUGCACCAUUAUAUGGUAAACAUUCUUUAAAAUUAUUAAGAUAUAUUGCAAAAUUAGCAAAUGUUAAAGUUGAACAAAUAAGUCAAUGGGAUUUACAAUUAUAUGAUGUUCAAAAAGGUUCAAUUGGUGGAUUAAAUGAAGAAUUUAUUUUUGCUCCAAGAGUUGAUGAUAGAAUUUGUUCAUUUGCAGGAAUAAAUGCAUUAAUUGAAGCAUCAAAUGAAAACAAAUUGGGUAGUGAUUCGUUUUCAAUAGUAUCAUUAUAUGAUAAUGAAGAAAUUGGAAGUGCAACAAGAGCAGGAGCCAAAGGUGGAUUAUUUGAAUUAGUAAUUGAAAGAAUUUUAUCAACAAAAUAUUUAAAUCCAAAUCAAUUAUCGAUUCAAGAUAAAUUAAGACAAACUUAUGCAAAUAGUAUUAUAUUAUCUGCUGAUGUUAUUCAUUUAUUAAAUCCAAAUUAUCAAGAAGCUUAUUUAGAAAAUCAUAAACCUAUACCAAAUAAAGGUAUAUCAUUAACUUUAGAUCCAAAUGGUAAUAUGGCAACUGAUUCAAUUGGUAUUUCUCUUGUAGAACAAUUAGGUAAAUUAAAUAAUGAUGAAAUUCAAUAUUUUCAAAUUAGAAAUGAUGGUAGAUCAGGUAGUACUAUUGGUCCAUCAAUUUCUUCACAAACUGGUGCAAGAACUAUUGAUUUAGGUAUUCCUCAAUUAUCUAUGCAUUCUAUUAGAGCAACUGUUGGUUCAAAAGAUGUUGGAUUAGGUAUUAAAUUUUUUUAUGGAUUUUUUAAAAGUUGGAGAAAAACUUAUGAUGAAUAUGUAGAUUUAUAA